UUCGCAUUGAGGCCCACACUUUAUGAAUCAGGCACCCAUCCUUAUUCUUUAGCCGUCAGCCCUGAAAAACUGUUCCGUUCUCUCCUUCUUGCUCAACACACGCUGCGCAGGGAGCUAAAUAAUCGAGUAAGUUUAUGCUAAUUAUAUCAAGCAAUUUAAUUUAGUGCAGUGUCGACAUUUGCGGCGUGUAGCGUAAUUCCGCUGUUUUACUUAUGAAAUUUAUUUCCAGCUUACCCCAAAAGAAAUCUGAUUGUAUGUGAAGAAUUUUUGUAAAAAUGGCUUCAAAUUUGGAUCUCGUACCAGCAACCCCAAGAAAUCGUGAUCCAGCUUGGAAACAUUGUCAGAUUUAUAAAAACGGGGAUAAGGUUCAGCUGAUGUGUAUUUACUGUGGGAAGAUAUUCAAAGGUGGUGGAAUUUUUAGACUUAAAGGACAUUUGGCUGGCAGGAAGGGUAACGGCUCAACUUGUUCGAGAGUUGAACCUGAUGUUCAGAUUUCAAUGCAAGAGUGCCUCGAUUCUGCCCCAAUGAAGGGUAAGAGGCAUAAAAGUUCAGAAAAGAUAAGCACAACCGAUGACUCCCUUAGUAUUGAAUUGUCACAGUCAAGAUCACAAAAACGUGACCCUGCUUGGAAGCAUUGUGAAAUGUAUAAAGAUGGGGAUAAGGUUCGUCUCAAAUGUAUAUAUUGUGGGAAGAUAUUUAAGGGUGGUGGGAUUCAUAGGCUUAAAGAACAUCUGGCUGGUCAGAAGGGCAGUGGCUCUACUUGUUUGAGUGUUCAACCAGAUGUUCGGCUUUCAAUGUUAGAGAGAUUGAAUGGUGUUGUAUUUAAGAGUAAGAAGAGAAAAUUCGCUGACCAGAUUGACACUGAAAGUGGGUUGGAUGUGGAAGUUGAAUUGCUUCCUUUCCCUGAUCCUCAUGAGCAAACUGGUAGUUUAUUCGGUAGUCCAGAAGAAAGGAAAAACUGCAAAUUGCCAAUAACUGUGGUUGCCCCACUUGGUAGUAACCAGGACCAGGCGGGGUCUUCAGGAAGGAUAAACAAUGAUGAAGUCCAUAUGGCUAUAGCUUGUUUCUUGAUUGAUGCUGGGGUGCCCUUUGAUGCUGUAAAUUCACCUUAUUUCCAGCCUAUGGUUGAUGCAAUUGCUUCCCAAGGAUUCGGGUUUGUGGGCCCCUCUUACCAUGAACUUCGAAGCUUGAUUUUCAAGAACUCAGUUCAAGAGCUCAGGGAUGAAAUCAACCAAUGUGCCGCCACAUGGGAAAGAACUGGCUGUUCUGUUUUGGUUGACGAGUGGACGACAGAGAAUGGUCAACUGUUUAUAAACUUCUCGGUUAACUGUCCAGAUAGGACAAUCUUCUUGAGAUCCGUGGACAUAUCUGACAUCAUUAGAUCUGAUGAUGGUCUUUUUGAAUUGCUUAAGGAGGUCGUAGAAGAAGUUGGCGUGAAAAACAUAUUGCAGGUUAUUACCAGCACUGAAGAGAGAUAUUUAGCUGCCGGUAAAAGACUAACCGAAGCUUUCCCCACAAUUUUUUGGAGUCCUUGUGCUGCACAGUGCAUAGAUUCUAUACUUGAGGAUAUCAAGAGGCUUCAAUGGGUAAAUGCAGUACUUGAACAAGCCAAAGCUUUAUCAAUCUUUAUAUACAAUAACAGUUUUAUUCUGAACAUGAUGAGGCGUUACACUUUAGGAGUUGAUUUAGUUGAAUUGGGAGUGACUCCUUCAUCAACUGACUUCUUAACGUUGAAACGAAUGGUAAAUAUGAAACACAAUUUACAUUCAAUGGUUAAUUCAGAGGAAUGGAGGGAGAAUCCGUAUACAAACAAGAAACUGGAGGGAUAUGAAGUGUUAGAUUUUAUCAGCAGUGAUUCCUUUUGGUCAGACUGUUGCUUGAUUAACCGCUUAGCAGGCCCUCUCUUGAGGCUUUUGAGGAUAGUCAGUUGCCCAAAGAAGCCUGCAAUGGCAUAUGUUUGUGCUGGUCUAUAUGAAGCCAAAGAAACAAUAAAGAAAGAGUUUGUUGAUGAGUAUUUAGUGUACUGGAAUAUUAUAGACAAGAGAUGGGAACAACUUAGGCACCAUCCUUUACAUGCUGCUGGAUUUUACCUUAAUCCGGAGUUGUUUUAUAGAACUGGGGAAGAUGUGAACCGUCGGAUGAGAUCACUAGUGUAUGAUUGUGUGGAGAGGAUGAUUGAUGAUCCUAAAGUUCAAGACAAAAUUGUGACAGAAACUACUUUUUACCAAAAUGCAGAUGGAGAUUUUGGGCGAGAAAUGGCAGUUCGAGCCAGGGAGACUAUACUUCCUGGUGAGUGGUGGUCAGCAUAUGGUGGGGGUUGCCCAAAUUUGGCUCACUUUGCCACCCGGAUUGUCAAUCAAACAUGUAGUUUGAUAAGUGGCAAGCCAAACAGAGUUCGUUCGGAGUGGAUAAACAGAAAAAUGAACUGUGUAGAGCAUGAGAGGCUCAAAGACCUUAUCUUUGUACGAUCUAAUUUACGCAUGAGAAGACACGUGAAUAGAGAACAGAAUCAGUGGGACCCCAUUGCAUUUCAAAACAUAGCUCUUGCUGGGGACUGGGUUUCAGGGAAAGAGGUAUUGUACUCAAAGGACAUGUGCUAUUCAGAUUGGACUGUUGUUGAUGCGCCUUUAGGCAAUGGAAUGCUCUCAGGUCCUACAAUUGGUGAUGAUGAACCAGUGGGUUCAGGUUUCAAUGAUUGUGAAGUUUGGGGCUUCUGACGGGUUAAGAAUUUUGAAGAAGAAGGUGAGGGAACAUUAUAAACCUGACAGAAAAAGCUUUCAACCAUGUAGUUUGAUUAGUGGCAAGCCAAAUGUGACUCUUAUAAUAGUUGUUCUGGAGGACUGUAGAUGUGUUUGAUGGCCUGAUAUUGUUAGAGAUGGGGAAACAUAAUGUGUUCUCUUUCCUCCAUUUGCUAGGUGCAUUCUUCUGUAUAGCAACGAUGAGGCCUAACAUUCUACGGUCGUAAUGCUUAUUUUUUCAGUGAUGGCAAGUCGAUAACACAAGUCAUUGGUAGAUUUGAGUAAGCAAUUUAGAUUAGUUUCGGCAGAAGCAGUGGUCAGUUUGGCGGUGUCGGCAGUUGAUGUUGCAGAAGUCAAUGGUGCAGCUUAUAGUUAUGGCUGCAACUAACCUCAGCAUGGCGACAAUGGUCAGUAUGGUGGAAAUUGAAGUCUGUAUUGACAGAAUUUAGUGUUGCCGCGAAGGUGGUCAGUAUAGGCAUAGCAAUAUGUGAGCGAGGCCAAGUUGGUGUUCUAGCGGCAGUUUAAUCAUUCCAUUUUCUUCUUUGUAAAAUAAUACGCCACACUCUUUAUUUAUCAACCCUUCGUAUUUUAUGAAUUAAUAAAUCAUUUUUUAUUCCAUAAAAAAUUGUGCCUUCUAUUU